AUGGGCAGCUCUCUGUCUAUUCCCCAACAGAAAUUUUUAAAAGACUUAAAAUUUCUCCUCUCCUCCAACAAAUUGGAAGUUCCGGAGGGUGAUUUAAUACAGCUCAUUCUGGCCAUCGAAGAGCAUUCCCCCUGGUUUCCUGCAGAUGGGACUUGGGAAUUAAAACUUUGGGACAAGAUUGGGGCACAUUUUCAUGGGCACCCCAGCAUAAGUGUUCGGAUUCUUAAUGCAUGGUGCAAGGUUCGUUACGCCAUGGGCUCUUUAUCACCAAAAAAUAUCUCCAUGGCUGCAUUGCCAACACAACCUUCAGCUUCUUUAAUUCAGCCUGCUGUGUUAGCGUCUGUUCCAAUACUUGCUUUGCCAGCAGCUCCAGACCCCAAACCUCCGGACUACAGUUCCUCACCUGAGGACCCAAUCCUGCAAAAAUACCGUGGUCUGACUGGCAAUGAUCCUGCUCUUUCAGCGGCAGAACCAGAACCAGAACCUUUUCAACGUGCAGUCCUUGCCUGUUCCUUAAUUCAGGAUACUAUGGCAUUCCCUGUUAUUGUGCCCCCUGCUGGUGCCCCGGCAGGCACCCAAGCCCAACACCAACCUUUUGACUUUAAGAUCUUGAGAGAGCUGCAACAGUCAGUAAAGGCCAAUGGACUCCAAGCCCCAUAUACGCAGGCGCUUUUAGAAGCCACAUUAGCCCAGCUCUUGGUUCCAGAGGACAUCAAGCUUUUGGCCCAUACAGUGUUACCCCAUCAGCUGGUGUUUUGUUUGCCCACGAAUGGGAAACUGCCUGCCAUGCUUAUGCUCCAGCCUUGUUACAACAAGUCAGAGGAAAUAAUCCAAAUGUUACCCUCGCAGAUGUCUUAG